UAAUUGUAACCUCUAUACGUCAAUGAGUGAAUCUUUAAGUAAAAGAGACGUAAUGGUAGUUUGGGAGUGCUAGUGGUAUUAAAUAACAUGUCCAUAGAGACUCGCUCCAGUUCGGCCCUUUUUAAAAGGGCAGAACAAUUAAAGCGUUGGGAAGAAUCGGAUACGAAUCGCGAGUCGAUAACGCCAAAGCAAAAACCUAAAAAAGUGAAAUUCUCGUCCGGUUGUGUAUUUCUGGCAGCGUGUGCCGCGGGUGACAAGGAAGAAGUGCUACGCCUAAUCGAAAAGGGGGCCGAUAUCGACACGGCGAACGUCGACGGCCUGACGGCAUUACAUCAGGCAUGUAUAGACGACAACUUGGAUAUGGUAGAGUUUUUGGUGGAGCAUGGUUCCGAAGUAAACCGAGGUGACAAUGAAGGUUGGACGCCGCUACAUGCGACUGCCAGUUGUGGUUUUUUGUCGAUAGCCAAGUAUUUGAUAGAACACGGUGCGAACGUCGCCGCCGUCAAUAAUGAUGGAGAGCUACCGCUUGAUAUUGCCGAAUGUGAGGAUAUGGAGGACCUUCUUCAAAGCGAAAUCGAUGAACAAGGUGUUGACUGUGAUGCUGCGAGAUCUGAGGAGGAAAGACAAAUGUUUGGCGACGCGAAAGAGUGGCUGGCGAAUAAUUCUAAUCUGGUAGAUUCGAUUCAUCCAAAGACCGGCGCGACAGCCUUACAUGUAGCGUCGGCGAAAGGUUAUGUGAAAGUCAUCAAGCUUAUACUUCAGUGUGGCGCUGAUGUGGAUAAACAAGAUGUUGACGGAUGGACGCCUUUACAUGCAGCUGCCCAUUGGGGCCAAAAAGAAUCCGCUAAAAUAUUAACUGAACAUUUUGCAGAUAUGGAUAGUAAAAACUAUGUCGGUCAGACUGCUUUCGACGUUGCGGACACCGACAUGUUUCAAUAUUUGGAGGAUCUCCAGAAGAAUCAAAACAAGGAGGAAGUAUUAAAUAGGAGGCAGGCUAAGAAGCGAUCCGAGAUUUCGGCGGAACCCGAAACGCCGACGAAACUCAAGAGGAUCGAAGUCGAAAUCGAGGAGAAGGAAAAGGAUAUUUUGGAAAUCGGUGGAAUGGAUGUCUCCAGUGAAAGUGAAACAGAGUCUGACACCAGCAGUAGUGAUACGGAGUCCAACUCUGUUAAUAGUACGGAUGAGGAUAAGAAGAAUAGGGUAAAUUCAUUAACGAAUAACGAAGUAAUUACGAAUAACGACGAAGAGGCUGUGAAAAUAUCUGUAAAUACCGCCGCCCCUACUAUUCCGCCGAAACCGUUGGCCGACAAUAACUCGGACGACAAUCUGCCGACGUGGAGGAGGCCUGUUACACGACAAACCAAAGUUGACCCUAUCAAAACUUCUAGCUUUAGAGAUCGGAGCAGUACGGGUGAAAACGCUGCUAAUAACGAAAACGAAGUAUUAUUAACCAGGACAAAUAGUUUCCAAAACGAUCCUGUGUUCUACACGAAAUAUCAAGCGCUGCGUGCACGCAUUCGGGCCAGCUCGUUAUCCCAGAACAAUUCCCAAUCCUUACGCUCCCAAUCCCCAUACAUUAUUGCUCCCUCUAACAAUGUCGGGCGGCAAAGCAGAAGUGUCGGUAAAGAAAAUACAAUUGAUCACACAACCGUUAGCAGUACACCUUCGUCUGUGACAACAAGUUCGUCAAACUCUCCAACUCCUACCAGUCCGUUACCUGGCAAUCAACCCGUCCGGAGCGGUUUAAAGUUGACUUUGGGAGCGACGACGCUCCUCCCUACAAAUUCUGUCGCAACUCCGUCAACCCCCACUACCCCGGGUGGAACUAGAUUAGCUGUCAUUAAAAAUUUCUUCAAAUCGUUUGUGCCGCCCGUAAGGGACGAGGAGAGCGAAACGCAGCGAAAGGCGCACGCCAAGCGAGUACGCGAAACUCGGCGGUCCACGCAAGGCGUCACGCUAGAGGAGAUCAAAUCUGCCGAACAGCUCGUUAAAAAGAAGAACCAGACCGGCGUCAACAACAACAAUAAUAACACCAACAACAAUGAACAGGCCGAUUCCUCUAACGGUGUGAGUGUGACUGCCACUAUAACCACAGCCGCACCUACUGUUCCUACGCGUGAUAAUGAAGAGUCUGCUUCUGUGUAUGAACGCAGGCCUUCGUGGAGACUUAGGGUUGAUAAUGGCGUCAAGGUAAGUCGAUUUUUGCGCUUUCUGUACAUUUUUUCGUGUGACUAAUGUAGUUUCCCCGUUCACUUAAUUUGAUUGUCGAUUGUUUUGUCUAUUAAGUGUGCUUCAUGUUGCAUGUCUUUCAUUCAUUUCUAAGUAGUGUUCCUCGGCUUUGUACAAAAUUGUAGUGGGGUCAGCCUAAAUCAAUAAAUUUGACAGUGUAUAAAACCCAUGUCUCGUGUUUGUGCCCGUAAUUUACUAAAAACCGUUAAGGAACCUUCAAGGUUAGCGGGAUUGGGGGUAGGAUUAAGCAAAUAUACGCUAAGAAUAGCGUCGUGUAAAGCAGCCUUUGCAAGUUUGAGAAAUGAGAGAGAGUAAAACUGGGGCUAUGGAUGAUACUAAAACUUCAACUGUGAGUAUCUCGCGAAUGGACUGUCGGAAGAGGAUACUCCCAAAAGGUUAAUGGUAGUGACUAAACUCUGUUAGUGAAGUCAAAACAAAGCAAGGCAGUACCUUCAAAGAGAAAGUAUAGGUCUCCCUGGGACACAUCCACAACUUAUUGAAUACUAAAAUGGACUCUGGAUUGGUUCCAUGGUUUGUUAUGCCCUACUAAUAAACUGUCCGGAAAAUGUCCAAAGUACUCUGGAAAGGCAUUAGAGCAGUAAGCUAUCAAAUGCAACAAAAAAGCCAGAUCAUUGUAGGAGUAGUUAGGAUCUUGGGCCAGAGUAUGUAAUAUCUCAUCUGAUAUUUUUAGAAAAUGCGCACCUCCAAACUGAUUAAUGAGAAUUUUCACCUGCCGACUGAUUCAUUCUCAGUUACAAAUCCACCAUAGUGCCAAAACUUUAUUUAAAAGAUUUGAUGUGUCAGAUGGAAAAAUUACCUGUAACCUUGCAGUCUGUGUCAGAAGAACUGCAACUUAGCCAAAUUUAUAAACGGAUGCCUUUGAUUCAUCAUAUUUAUCAAGAACAUUUAUGGGACCUAAUAUGGCGACCGAUUCCAAGGUUCCUCAACUUUACAUACUGGCUGGUCAGUUGACUAAAUCAUGAGUUCGCAACAAAUAACGGUUGCCCCCCCCCCCCGGCCUUAUUUUCUCUUUUUUUAGUGUGUGCAAAAGUCAUGAUCUAGGUUGACUCCACGAUUAGUUUUAACACAUCCAUAUCGCUAUUUCAGUUGCUAUUAAAAUCCAAAUGGUCUGCUAUACAGUGCGUUUGAGAUAAUUUUAUAUUCUUAGAUACGAAAAAUUUGUCAAAUAUAAUUUUAUAUGUGACAUUAUCAUCUAUCCGAUCACAUAUUGAAACUUCCAGCGUCACACCGGAAAUCGAUGCAACUUUGGUCUCUCAAAUGCAAUGCCUAUGUUUUUUUUA